UAACAGUCGUUCAAUAUAUACAAUCGAAUAUGAACCUCCAAGCCUGCGCGGUCAUCUUGUUGGCUAGCCUUGUGUUAGUUUCCUCUGACCCAGGAAAGAACAAGAAGGCAGCAGAACCUAAAGAAGAAAAGAUAACUGCAGCAGCCUCAGACAAAAAACAAGAUAAACGCGGACUUUUAGGACUAGGCUAUGGUGGAGGGCAUGAUUUUGGAGGUUUUGAGCUUGGAGGGUUAGAACUUGCUGGAGGUCACGGAUUAGAACUGGGCGGAGGUCACGGACUGGAACUGGGAGGAGGAUUUAGUGGAGGAAGCAUCGUAGAUGAAGGCCACAUAAAAGCUAUAACGAUUACUAAAGAAAUUAAAGUCCCAGUCCCACAUCCUUAUCCAGUGCCUGUGGAGAAGAGAAUCCCAGUUCCAUAUCCGGUAAAGGUAGCUGUACCUGUUGAGAAGCCAUAUCCCGUACCAGUACCCAAACCAUACCCAGUUCCAGUGGAAAAACCAGUACCAUAUCCAGUGAUUAAGAAAGUUCCCUAUCCCGUGAAGGUUCCAUUCAAAGUACCAUAUCCAGUACCUCAUCCAGUUCCCGUACCAAAACCAGUACCUUACCCAGUGCACAAGCCAGUCCCAUAUCCAGUCAAAGUACCCGUUGUGGUCGAGAAGAAGGUACCUAUCCUUAUUCACGAACAUGAAGGCGGCCUAGGGGGUGGUUUUGGAGGAGGCCAUGGCCUAGAAUUUGGAGGAGGUCAUGGUCUAGAGCUUGGAGGAGGUCAUGGUCUAGAGCUUGGAGGAGGUCAUGGCCUAGAGCUUGGAGGUGAAAUCGAGUUUGGUGGACACUUCCAUCACUGA